AUGGCCGCUUCGUUUGUGCGAGCCGCAGGCAGGCACUCAGCUAAACGACUGUGCCUUCGACCCUCCUUUCAAGCUGUCCCCAGACAAUCGCCCUUCCUUUCACGCGCCUUAUCCAUUACUCCUACUCGCAAUGCCGAACCUGUAAAUGUCGCUCCGAGUCCAGAAACAGGUCAUGGCCCGAUGAGCACGACCAUCAGCCCCACAGAUUCCACAUUCACCAAGCAUGUCCAGCAAGACUCAUUAUUGGUAAAUAAAGCUCCAGAUACGAAUCUAGGCGAUGACUACGAGACGAGAAAGAUCCGUCAUUACACUGUCAACUUUGGUCCCCAGCAUCCUGCCGCUCACGGUGUCCUGCGCCUCAUCCUGGAGUUGAAUGGCGAGGAAAUCGUCCGAGCAGACCCUCAUGUUGGCCUGCUUCACCGAGGCACCGAAAAGCUCAUUGAAUACAAGACUUAUCUACAAGCCCUGCCGUACUUUGAUCGCUUCGACUACGUCUCCAUGAUGACCAACGAGCAGUGCUUUUCUCUGGCGGUCGAGAAACUUCUCAACAUUGAGAUUCCUGAAAGAGCAAAGUAUAUUCGCACAUUGUUCGGAGAGAUCACUCGAAUUUUGAACCAUUUGAUGUCCAUCCUAUCACACGCUAUGGAUGUCGGCGCUUUGACUCCUUUCCUGUGGGGUUUCGAGGAACGAGAGAAACUUAUGGAAUUCUACGAACGCGUGUCUGGCGCUCGACUGCACGCUGCAUAUGUUCGGCCCGGAGGUGUCAAAGCCGAUUUGCCACUUGGACUAUUAGAUGAUAUCUAUGCUUGGGCAACUCAGUUUGGCGACCGCAUCGAUGAGACCGAGGAGCUUCUCACUGAUAAUCGAAUUUGGAUUGGGAGAACUAAGGGCAUCGGCGUUGUCUCGGCUGCGGAUGCACUGAAUUACAGUUUUUCUGGCGUAAUGCUUAGAGGAUCUGGUGUCCCUUGGGACAUUCGAAAGAGCCAGCCUUACGAUGCAUAUGAUAAAGUUGAAUUUGACGUCCCUGUCGGACAGAAUGGCGAUUGCUACGACCGAUAUUUGUGCCGAAUGGAAGAGUUCCGUCAAUCGCUACGCAUCAUCUUCCAAUGCUUGAAUCAAAUGCCUCCGGGUCCAGUCAAGGUCGAAGAUUAUAAGAUUGCGCCACCUCCACGAGCCGCGAUGAAGGAAAACAUGGAGGCCCUUAUUCAUCACUUCCUACUUUUUACAAAGGGGUACACAGUCCCGCCUGGCGACACUUACAGUGCCAUCGAGGCUCCCAAGGGUGAAAUGGGAGUCUACCUCGUCAGUGAUGGAAGCGAGCGGCCAUAUCGGUGUAAAGUCCGCGCCCCGGGUUUCGCUCACCUGGGCUGUUUCGAUCAAAUCAGCCGUGGACAUCUUUUGGCCGAUGCCGUCGCAAUCAUUGGAACCUGUGAUCUCGUUUUUGGCGAAAUCGACAGAUAG